AUCAAUUCGGACCGUCGAAGUAUCAACUUUGAUCUGCAGACCACCAAAUACAAGAUGUAUCUGAGAACAGUACACGCCGAGGAUGAAAUCCAACUCCUCCAACAAUUCAUACACGACAACCCACUCGGCGUCCUCCCAACAGCCAUCAAAUCUGACGAACACGUAUAUAUCCAAUCCAGCCACAUCCCAUUCAUCCUCGACAGCCCCGAUGACAGUGAAAAUGGCAUCCUACGCGGCCAUGUCACAAAGCAUAACCCACAAGCCAAAGCCCUAAUGGAAGCCCUCGCGCAGAAACGAGCACAAGGCUCAAACACCCUCGAACUCCCCGAUGAAGCUCUAAAACCAAAGCCCGUCUCGGGCAAACUCGUCCCGACGUGGAAUUACUCCGCCAUGCAGGCCUACGGCAAGAUCAGUGUGUACUGCGACUCCAAGGCCGAGGCAACGGCCUACUGCAUGGGCGGUGGAGAGCAGCCUACUGCAUGGGCGGUGUAUGAGGCGCUGGACUCGUAUGUUGAAAUGCUGAAGAAGAAUAUUAUUGGAAUCGAGGUUCGGGUUGAGCGUUUGCAGGGCAAGUUUAAGAUGAGCCAGGAGAUGGGAAGGGGUGAUCGGGAGGGGGUUGUUAAGGGGGUUGAAGCCCUGGGGACGGAGGUUGGGGAGGGCGUUGCGGCUAUGGUUUGCGAGCGAGGUGCGCGAAAGGAGGAUCGGCGCGAUCGAUAG